AUGCUGACCAACUUUCUGGGCUGGAUUCCUCUUCUCUUUGAGCCCCUCGCCGACUUCGUUCCUCUUAUACAACCCCAAGAGCGUCUGCGGGCGCAGUCUGAACAGCGACCUUGGCAGCAGAUCAUUACAGGUGUCUAUGGUCGCCCACCUCUCUUGAAGAUACAUGACCGUGAUGGCGUUGUCAGUUGGAAGUUUCACCGUGACAAUGUCACGCAACAACUACCAGAAGAUGUCCACAAAUGCCUUUUUGCUCACGCCAACGACGCAACCGAGCUGAAAUACAUGAAUAAUGGCACUAGUGUCGGUGCUGUUUACAGCGAUCUCGCCCUGGUUGUCAACCAUACGCCCCAAAACCCCGCCACAGAUAAGCUUAUAACCUUUGCACUUUGCAGAAGGAACGAAGUCUUGUGGAAUGCGCACACCCUUGAGCCCCUACCCGGUAACUUAUUGGCUGUUGGUACGACCGGCCAACGAGCCUGGGAUGGUAUCCUUGUCUACAAUGCAAGCGCAGCCAACGAUCUUGUUGCCAAUCCCCCUAUCCUCCAGAAUAUCACCGGUCUACGAGCUAUACACGGUCUGAUCUGGGACGAGCAAGGGCAGAUGCUAUGGGCAGCUGGUACAGACGCUGCAGCAGACGGAAGCGACCCAGUGCCCGCUUAUGGCACUAUUGUGGGAUAUCCUUGGAACGCCACAUCGGGGUUACUAUACAAAGAUGAUCGCUUUGUUUACAAGCUACCUGAGGCGAAUACAAUUGAGGCUGAAUGGGGCAAAGGUUACCCUUGGUGGGCUGGCUUGCAUGAUCUCGUACCUAUUCCUGGUCAGCGAAAAUUCCUGGUGUCAGAGGAUCGCGGUCUCCACGCCUUUGAUAUCGAAACGGGUCAGUUCACAGAGCAUUACGAGAACGUCACCAAGAAAUAUCUCCAAGGGUUUGAGGUAACCACUGAUGAUCGUCACGGGUAUGCCGGUAACGGUCAGUGGGAGGAGCUCCCACAAUCAGACCUGAAAAGCUUCAAUGUCGCACCCGAUGGGAGCUUUAUAUACGUUCAGUCGCUGUGGACAAAGUUUCGCGGGUUCCAUACGAGUCUUGUCGAACAAGGUAAAAGACGAAAGAUCAAUAUCGGCGAUGAGAUAUACAGGUCACGAUGGUUUGGAAAUCUAGAUGGUUGGCCAAAGCCUUGA